GGGAAGACUGUAUGACUGAGCUGUUAGGCCGCCCUCAUUCUAAUCCAGCCAAUACUGUCCAUCUGAUGGCCAUAGUGAUCGUCGACGUGCAGCUUUUGGUGCCUGUCGGCGCCGCAUGGAUCAUGGUUCGGCCCUUGUCUAUUCCCCACUGGAAGUGGAGAUAUCUGCGGCCAAUUCCCCCUCCCAUCACAUCAGACAAAGAAUCGCUCAAGACCGAUCCAGGAUGUUAGUGGGAAAGGCAAACUAGAGGAGACGGUAUCGGCGAGAAGCGGAACAUCCUGGUGGCACAAUGACAGAAACAGGAGGCUGUCUGUCUACUUAUUCCCUGUCACCCUGCCUGCGUCCCAUGCUCCCUCCGUCCCUCAAAAAUCACAUCUCUUUUUUUUCUGGCAGAUUUCUUAGCGAUCCCAUCCCAACCCGACGCCCUUCAAUAUGUCCGGUGAAAGCUCAAUGCCAUCCGGUGUCCUUCUGCUAGGCAGUAUCCCUCUCUCUUCGGCGGAAGAGGUCUUCAACAAGAUUCCUGCCGCGCUGCCAGGACGACUAUUCGCCAUUCCAGACGGCGAGACGGGCAUUCGCGACAACUAUAUCCGAUGGCAGGUCGAUUGUUUCCCCAAGGAGACCAUCCAUCAGUUCCUGGGAGGAACCGACGUGCCCGCCGACCAUCCCGGUUUCACCCUGGAUGACAUUAAGCCGACCCGGUAUGACACAGUUGCGUUCGAAUCCUAUCAAACCUUCCUAAAGCUCCGGGAGCAAAAGGUCAUCCCAUCCGGGGUCCGAUUCCAGGUCUCGCUCCCUCUACCACUCAACUGCGUGCAGGGUCAUACGAGAGCAAAGUUCCAUGCUCAGCUGGACCCCUUGUACGAGCAGCGCAUGAUUGAAUCGGUCCAGUCUAUCAUCCAGAACAUUCCUGCCCAUGACCUCGCCCUCCAGUGGGACGUCUGCUUCGAGGUCACGGCGCUUGAGAAUGAGCGCGGCCGGCUCACGGAUCCCUUCUUCAAGCCUCAUUUCUCUCCAGUAAUGGAGGGGGUUCUGGAGCGUAUUCAGCGUGUCAGCAACAUCAAUAUCAUCCCCGCUGAGAUCCCGCUCGGUUUUCACUUGUGCUACGGGGACCUGGGGCACAAGCAUUUUGUCGAGCCGGAGGAUCUCAGUCUCCUGGUCGAUCUGGCCAAUAAUAUUCACAAGCGUAUUCAUCCUCGCCCGAUCACUUGGGUGCAUAUGCCUGUGCCCAAAGACCGAGAUGAUAUCGCCUACUUUGAACCCCUGAAGAAGCUGGAGCUGAGCCAACAUGCCCGGUUGUAUUUGGGGGUCGUGCAUGCCCACGAUGAGGAGGGCACCCGCCGGAGGAUCCAGACGGCCAAGUCAGUGGUGUCUGAUUUUGGAGUGGCGACCGAGUGCGGUAUGGGACGGACUCCAGCUGAGGAGCUUCCCAGUAUCUUGGAGAUUUCCAGAAAUGUUUCUUCGCCGGUGUUUUGACGAGUUUGUGAAGUGUGGUGCUUUCUGUAUAGACUUGGAAGUACUGUAUAUAGAGCAAUGAAAAGCAUCACCUAGUUUCUCUUUAGAAGGUGGUGAAAUCAGCGGUGAGCAUCCUCAGGCAUCAAGAUACAGUUUUGCUUGAAUGGCCGCCAAUCACUGCCGUUGCUGACUUUCACCCCGAUGUAAGGGAGCGCACAAGAGCUACGUAAAUACAGGGGGUGCCCUCCGAAGAGCGCACGAUACCUGCUCUAAAUAAGAGGCACAGCGCAGC